AUGGCUAGUCCUACCGCAUACGUCACAGCCAUUCGUAGAUCGGAUUCUCAGAUAUAUUGCUCACCAGCAGGCGCAGAAGCUUCCGAGGCGGAGGCUGCUAUUUCUGGGUCGAAAUCACUUUCCAGAAUCAACCCUUUAGUAGAGGUGCAAGCGGAGCUUAAAACGCGUACAGUGAAGGGCGAGGAGAGGGGGAGUGGGAAAGGGAGCCAGGGGAGCAUCAGGAGGGUAGGGGAAGAGGAGGGGGGAGAAACGGGAGGUGGAGAUGUGAGCGGUAAAAGGAGAGCAGGUAAUGUGGGGGGAAAGAGUGAGGGAGGCGGGAGGAAGAGCUACAGGACAAAAGGCUGCAAAGAGGAGGAGGAAGAGGCAGUGGCAGUGAUUGCUGGAGUGCUGAGGAAGAAAUUCGGGCCCCAGAUUGUGAAAGAGGAGUUGGAGGAGUGGGGGAGUGGGAUGGGAAGCAGCAAGGAUGAAGGGGGUGUGGGGAGGAGGGAGGAGGAGGAGGAGGAGGAGGAAGGGGACGAUGAGGAGGAGGAGGAGGAAGCAGAAGCAGAAGCGAGUGAGGAGGACGCACCACCCACCACAUCUCCUCCCACGCCCCCUCCUCCAGCCCCCGGGUCGUAUCUCCCUCCUCCCUCCUCUCCCUCUACCGCUUCUUCUCCUCCCACCUCGGCAUCUCCUAUCCUUCCACUGUCGCUUCCCUCCUCGCUUCCCACCCCCAACUGCUCCGCUCCAAUCCCACCAAUGACUUCCUGCCACGUGUCCGCCUCCUCCAAAACUCUCUUAGCUAAGCUCCAGUUUUUUGUGGAGCUGGUGGGGGAGAAAGCAGCAGGGAGGGUGGCGAGGAGCUACCCGGCGGUUCUGCAACUUUCGAAGGAGAACCUGCAAGGCAAGGUGGCGGAAUUGGCUGAUUUGAUUGGCCAAGAGAAUGCCGUGCGGGCGGUCGCACAGUUUCCUUUGCUACUAACGUCUAGUGAAACUGUCGUGAAGAAAAGCUUUAAAGAGCUUGUGCGAGAAGUGGAGGAGGCAUUUGAGGGCAGUGGAGAAGCGGGAAACGGGAUGCAAAGGGCCAAGGGGAACAUGGUGGUAGUGGACUGCUGCUUGAGGAACACGUGGGGCAAUGACGAGUCAGGGGAAAGAGCUGUUGCUGUUACAGAGCAGCAGCUUGUGGAAUUGGAGGCGACAAAGAAGCUGGUGUGUUUGCAGCAGUUUCUCCAAUUCACAGACAAGCAGUUUGAGGAGAAGUUUGGGGUCAAACUGUAG